UGCUGGGAGAGGAAACCUCCAGGAACCUGAGGGAAAGAGGAAGUUCUGCUGGAAACGUCCUGUAAAGAGGCUCUGAUGUCCGGACAGCGGGAGGGAGAGCCCCGGCAUGAGGAGCAGGUUCCUGUGAUCUAGGAUUGUCCGAUGACAUCAUCAGUACCAGAUAAUGGACGGAGACGGGGACAAGAUGGCGGAGAGGAUAUUAGAUCUUACCCUGGAGAUCCUCCUCCUGCUUACUGGAGAGGAUUACUCCACGGUGAAGAAGACGUCUAGUAAUCUGAUACAUGAGAAGAACAAUGAGAAGAUCCUAGAAGUCGUCCACAAGAUGAUGGAGCUGCUGACUGGAGAGGUUCCUCUAAGGUGUCAGGAUGUCGCUGUCUAUUUCUCCAUUGAGGAGUGGGAUUAUUUAGAAGGACACAAGGGUCUGUACAAGGAGGUCAAGAUGGAGGAGGACCAGCCCCUCACAUCUCCAGAGAGAUCCAGUCAGAGGACAACACCAGAGAGAUGUCCGCGUCCUCUCCUUCCACAGGAUGGUCAGGAUGAAGAUCUGAACAACAAUAAUAAUGCUACAGAGACAGAUGUGAGGGGCGAUGAGGAAUACAAGGAGGAGAUCCCUACAGAGACAGAUGUGAGGGGCGAUGAGGAAUACAAGGAGGAGAUUCCUACAGAGACAGAUGUGAGGGCAGGUGCCUUCCCCAGGUCCUAA